CUAAAAUGUUGCUUCUUCAUUCGGCGACCAAUAUACAGAACCAUUUGAGGGUCAACUAUUUGUCGCUUACCAUAUGAAAUAUAGGAAUAGAUUUAACGAAUGGUCCCUCCUUAAUUUAUUACUUGCAUAAGGUUUUAAAAUUUCGUAUUUCUGAAUAGUAACCAAAAGCCCUUUCAAGAUUAUUAUAUAAAAUCGAGAAAUAAAAUUUAAUGAUUGACUGCCAUGGUUUGGUUAAAUAUAUAGAGACCUAAAAGGUUACUUGCUUCUAUCUCUCUUUGUUCUGAAAUAACUUUCUGCACCAUGUAAUGAGGAGUAAUUUAUUCGGGUUAAAUGAAAAGAACAACUUUAUUUAUUUUGUAAAAUGCCAAGUUUUCCUCAAGAUAAAUUGACUAAUUUUUUAAUGUUUAGCAGAUUAAGGUGAAAUAGGUAGAGCGAAGGGCAUUUAUUCUACAUGUCUUCAACCUGCAACCAACUACAGCCUCAUAGGUGUUUUGAGAAGUUUAAUUUCCUUGAGAUAUAGAGAUAUGUAACUAAAAGUUGUAUAAUUUGACCUUUGCGUACAAGUCUAGUGAAUUCCUAACGCGACUCAAGUCACUUUGGACAAGGGGUGUGACACUCGUAUGGUGCUAGUCGUCUACGAGAGUCAGGUGGUAUCCACGCGUGCGAAUUCUAACUCCUCGGGCAUGGCUUUGAUUUAAUAGCAUGUUGCGGAGAAUUCUUUUAUUAAACCAGUGUAAUCUGAAAAAGUUAUUGUCUUGAUCACGAAACAACAAAUAGUGUUUCCCAUGACAAAUCACCUGACACGUAAUGCUGGUCCCUUUUUUCUCCGGUGGCGUUUGAUUUGGGACGCCGAAGUCGAACCCUAACCUCACCUCGUCCGGCUUCGUCUAUUCCCCGUCUCUCACUAGAACCCCCAUCAGCCGCUACUGGGAGGCGGUUCCCAUUUUUUUUCUUUCGCCUCCGCCAUGGACGUCGCCGCGCUCGCCGAGGAAAAGGCAGCGAAGCCGGACGAGGGCCGCAGCGCUCCACUGGAAGGCCCUCCUCCUCCUCCACCGAAGCCUGACGGCGCCCACCCGAGGCCGGAGGAUCUGGUGGCCAAAGCGAUAGCGCCGGUGAAGGUUGAGUACCUCCGCGCCCCGCCCUCCAGGUCCCGCUCGACCCCCGAGGCAGGCGAUGCAGCCGAUGACGACGUCAACAAGAAGAAGAACGCUCCUUCGAACGUCGUCAAAGAGAAAAAGUCCAGGCGCCAGCUCAAGAGAGAGCGGCAACAGGAACAAAAGUCUGCACUGCAUAUUUGUCCGGAAGUAGCAAAAAGUGGAAAUGUUGAUGCAUGUCGUUACAAUAAUAAUUGCCGUUUCAGUCAUGAUUUGGAUGGAUUCUUUGCUCAGAAACCAGCUGACCUAGAGGGGAGUUGUCCAUUCCUCAGUGUUGGAGAGCCAUGUCCUUAUGGAAUAACCUGUCGUUUUUCAGGCACACACAACAAACCUGUAGAAUCCCAGAAUCCUCCUGAGAAAAGCUUUGAAAUCAAUAGUCUAAAAAAAGAUUUGCAGAAGCUUUUGUGGAAGAAUAAAGUUAGUUUUCCAAAGGCGAAUGCCCAGCUCAAACUUCUUGGCUUAGCGGGGGGUAACAAAACAAAGGCAAUGCCAGAUGUCAAUCAGGUGGAAAUCCAUUCAGAGUCUCUAAAUGGGCCGGAUAAUCUUCACUUGGAUGAUGACAAUGGGGUUCUUUGCAGCUCAGCCAAUGAAGCAGAGCCUGCUCUAAUAACAUGCACAGAAAAGGACUGUUUAGAGGAUGCAUCUGUCAUUGACCCCUCAAGACCUUUGAAGAAGGCAAAGAGUUCAGUUGAUGAGGGACGCUGCUUAGCUGAUAACAAUAGUGGCACAUAUCACAUGGACAAAGAUUUUAAAGGAAUUAAUGCACAAAAUGGACCACAAGAGAUCUCAACUGAUAGCUUAUGUUCAUCUAAAGUUGAUUUAAGUUUGAAACCGCAUCCACGGGAAAGGAAGCUUAUUGAUUUCAGAGGAAAGCUGUACCUGGCUCCCUUGACUACAGUUGGGAAUCUUCCUUUUAGAAGGAUUUGCAAAGCCUUAGGUGCUGAUAUUACUUGUGGAGAAAUGGCUAUGUGUACUAAUCUUUUGCAGGGACAUGCUUCAGAAUGGGCAUUGCUGAGGCGACAUUCAUCAGAGGAUGUAUUUGGUGUACAAAUAUGUGGGGCUUAUCCUGAUACCAUAGCACGUGCUGUUGAGCUUAUAGAUCGUGAAUGUUUAGUUGAUUUUAUUGACAUUAACAUGGGGUGCCCAAUUGACAUUGUGGUUAACAAGGGGGCUGGAUCUUGUCUGCUUACAAAACCCAUGAGGAUGAAGAGCGUUAUUCAAGCAGCUUCUUGUACCAUCAACAUACCAUUAACUAUUAAGGUGCGUACAGGUUAUUUCGAAGGGAGAAAUCGCAUUGAUUCUCUAAUCUCAGAUAUUAGCGACUGGGGAGCCAGUGCAUUGACCAUCCAUGGCCGAUCACGACAGCAACGCUAUAGCAAGCUUGCUGAUUGGGAUUAUAUCUACCAAUGUGCAAGAAAAGCCCCUGACGCUUUGCAAGUUCUAGGAAAUGGUGAUAUCUUCUCAUAUUUGGACUGGAACAAGCACUCUGCUGAUUGCCCUGAGCUUUCUAGUUGCAUGAUCGCUCGAGGUGCCUUAAUAAAGCCUUGGUUACUUACUGAAAUCAAGGAACAAAGACAUUGGGACAUUAGCUCUGAGGAGCGAUUCAAUAUUCUCAAAGAUUUUGUACGUUUUGGCCUAGAACACUGGGGUUCUGAUAUGAAAGGUGUAGAGACAACUCGCCAUUUUCUGUUAGAAUGGCUGAGCUACACGUGCCGCUAUAUUCCAGUCGGUCUGUUGGAUGUCAUUCCGCAACGGGUAAAUUGGAGACCCCCCUGCUAUCAUGGUCGCAAUGAUCUUGAGACCAUGAUGGCCUCUGAUUCAGCUGCUGACUGGAUCCGUAUCUCUGAAAUGCUGCUUGGCAAGGUUCCAGAAGGCUUUACUUUUGCUCCGAAACAUAAAUCUAACGCUUAUGAUCGGGCAGAAAAUGGCUAAGAUAUGAGAGUUGGAUCCCUUGAUUUCCUCUAUACUUCUGCCAGCUUGAGAGAAGGCUUGCGUGGCCUAGCUAAGAGCCUUUGUUUUGGCAUUACUAAAAGCAAACGUUCUUUGUUUUUUUUUUCUUUUUUGGUGAAAAUUCCUCUUAGUUAUAUGCUAUCAUUGAUACGGGACUUCGGAAGAAUCAAUAUAUGUCCACGACGAUUUGAAAUCAUUGUUUUGCACGUACGGAUAAUUGCAAGCAUGUGCAAAGCGGAAAAAUAUGCUACUGUAUCUUUUUUGUUCUCUCUUUUCUUUUUUCAAGUGGUGGAUAGACAGUACUUAAUCAUGAAAUGAGUCAUUUUAUAGGUUGAUUGCAUGGCA